AUGGGGCCGGCGUCAAAACUGUCGCUUCCGGGCUCCACCAUAGAACAUCUUCUUCCCCAACUCUCCCCUCACUCUUCGGGGUCUAUUACAAAAAUAUUCCGCACGCUCACCGCAAUGUACGAGCGCCAGCGGGUUUGGCGUGCCUGUCAGGCAUGUCGACGGAAGAAAGUCAAGUGUGAUGGCGAGCAUCCGUGCGAGAGCUGCACUCGCAACCAGGCCGAGUGUGUUUAUGUUGACCCGUCCGUCAACAUGAAGUUGGUUGAUCCGCAAUAUCUCAUGAAACUGGAGAACCAGAUCAAGCUGAUGGAAAAGAGAUUACAUCAGCAAUCAGAAGCACAGCCAUCAACCGGCCAUGACGGCCAAUCCAGUCUAGAUGAAGAUGUUCAAACGGGCCAGAAAGACCAGGACACCAGAGGGGCAAUGAAUCCACCUGUACCUCGUAUAAUGGCCGCAAAUGUGUCGAACAGCGAUAAUGCCAAUCAUGAUCCUUAUUCUCUGCUAGACCAACAGGGAGACAGUCUCAACGAAGGCUCUGAGACCCAGCAGGUGGAACCUAUGACAGUGCCGCCGCGGCACCCAGAGUCCGCUGCAAUCGACGUGACCCGAUUGCCAGAGCCGCUUCUGCAGCUCUUGAUUGAAUUAUUCUACCGUUCUAUAUAUCCCAUAUUCCCCAUCAUCAGCCAAUGUGAUUUCCAACCACAGUAUGAUCGCUGGUUAUCGGCUCGCCAAGGCAGCCGCGCCAGCGAAGACGACGAAUUCCUGCUGGUCUUGUAUGCACUACUCGCCGUAGCAUCCUUCCUGCUCCCAGCAGAGAGCCCUAUCUUUGAUCAACCUUGCCUAAAAGCCUACAAACAGGUGGACCUUGGAGGUCUGCUAUACUCUCAUGCGACUCCUAAAUUCCCGGGACGGCCACCCGGGCAGAACGCCACGUUAGCCACCAACCUCGUCGUUGCGCAAGGCCUUCUGACCUUCUACCUCACCGAGUGUGGCAAAGUGAACGACGCUUGGAUUACAGCGGGCCAUGCGAUCCGUCUAUAUCAAGCAUUGGAUUUUGACAAUGGCGUUGAUGCGGCGACUGAAGUACACACAACCGACAGCACACAUGAUAACCUUUGGUGGUGUUUAUACAUUCUGGACCGCUCCUUGUCCACAGUGCUCCUCAAGCCCUUGGCGAUUGAUAACGCCGAGAGCAACAUGGACCUGUAUGGUGGCGAGGGACGGUUAACUUGGAGAUCGGAAGACAAGGUCGAUCCCUGGUUCCCAGUCAUUGCCGAGUUUCAUAUUAUCCUUGGCCGCAUUUACAAGUCUGUGCGGUGGAUUCGCAGACGCCACCAGUCCCACAAUGACGAGCAUGGAGAUGGUAUGCUGCGGUCAGAGAUGAAAAGAUACGAUAUCGAGCUGGAGAGGUACUACACUAAGCGGGUUCUGCCUAGAAUGCAAGGGUCUCAUGGUACGGCUCGACCUCUCGCACUACAGAACAUCGCUGAGUCGUCCUACUACAUCGGGCUUGUCCUGCUUUACCGCACAUUUAUUGAGAAACUCAACAUCGAGGAACCUGAAGUGUUUCUACGCUGCGCCAAGGCCGCGUCAAGCUGUAUCCGGGUCACUCCACAAGUGAUGGCUACUGUGCCUGCCUGCCACUUUGUGAUCCAGCAGUGCCGGGCAGUCUAUACUAGUGCCAAAGUCCUCUUACACUGCAUGCGCUUGGUAAAGAACAAAGACUUCACUAACAAUGCCUGGCCCGAUGUCCAGAGGGGCUGCGACAUUUUACGAAAGAUCAAAGUUCAAUGGCCGGAGGUCAAGAGCUAUCAAAAGCUCACCGAAGAAGAUAUGUACCGGACACAAAUUCAUCUUAGCAAGCACGAGCUGUUCCAUAGAGUGUUCGAUCGAACCAGUAGCAGCCACGGCAACAACCUGCAUCAAUAUCUGCCGGGUACCGCCAACAACGACACCAUGUGUCAACGCGGGGACCUAGUGAACAAUGCCCCUGAGGCAGACCUCACAAGGACGCCACAAAGCCUGUUAUCGCAUAAUUAUGGACAGGAUUCACGACUGUCUGAAAGACAACCAAAGCGGCGCAGGUUAUCGCAGAACUUCUAUGCUCCUCCUGCUCCCUCCCCAUACUGCACGCUGAACCAGCCGUCCAUGAUUUCUGAGGUAGACAGAUUGCCUAUGCUGAAUGCUACAAUUGGCUCCAGUGAUUUCCUCCUACCCGGUAUUCCUCCUCUGCCGCCUACACUGGGAGAUUCACCGCCAACGGACUUGCUUGAAGAUACUAUGCUCAUGUCAUCCUUUGAUCUAUUCUUGUCACAUUCCGAAUGA